ACAAUCAUGUGCGGACGGCGCGUUCCUCUGCAGCUGCCUGCUGCUUUCGCAGCGUCGCUGGCGUACCUGUCGGCGGGGCUGUUCAUGGGCUGGAACGCGCCGAUGCUGCCGCGGCUGCAGCAGAACUCGUCGCACAUCGUGCUGACGGAGGACGAGGCGUCGUGGCUGGGCGCCGUCGGCUCGCUGGCGUUGGUGCCGACGGUGGUGGCGGCCGCGGUGCUCGUCAACACGGUGGGCCGCCGCUGGCUGCUGCUCGCGUCCGCCGUGCCCUUCCUGGCCGCCGCCAUCUGGGAGCGCUUCGCCACCACCUUCGGAGAGCUCAUGACCGCCGUCGUCGUGGCCAGUCUGGGCAUAGGCCUCGUCAUACCGGUGUCCCCCGUGUACCUGGCCGACAUCGCGGAGGACAGGAUGCGAGGCCUGCUGGUCACCAUGGGCUCUCUGAUGAGCAGCGCCGGCAGCCUCCUGACCAACGCCGUCGCUCCCUACGUGUCGUUCUUCACCCUGUGCGAGGUCCUGAUGAUCUUCCCUGUCGUCUUCGUGGCAGCCUUCUGGUGGAUGCCCGAGAGUCCGUACUUCUUGGUAGCCAAAGGGCGCACUCAGGAGGCUGAGAGAGCGUUGAUGAGGCUGAGGGGCAAGGACUCUGAGAAGGACGUGAGCAGCGAGGUGGAGUCCAUUCAGAAGGUGAUCCAGGAGGAGUCGAAGAACCGCAGAAGCGCCGCCGACGGCCUACGGGAACUCAGAAGGAGCGCUGUUGCUCGCAAAGCUUUUGCGGUGGUCGCCACGCUCACCACGCUGAACAUCUUCUGCGGCAGCCCCGCCAUGGGCGCGUACGCGACGCAGAUCUUCCUGUGGAGCGGCAGCUCGCUGGACUCCGACGUGUCGACCAUCGUGGUGAACUCGAUCCAGACGAUCGCCUCCCUAGGUUCGUCGCUGCUGGUGGACCGCACCGGUCGGCGACCACUGCUGAUGUUGUCCUACGCAGGCAGCUCGAUUUUUAUGAUUGCUGAGGGCAUCUACUUCUACCUCAUGGAGCAUGGCAGCGAUGAACUCGUGGAGAGCCUCUACUGGUUGCCUCUCACAGCUCUAAUUUCAUUCCACCUCCUGUUUAACAUCGGCGCCAACGCGCUAAUAUGGGUGGUGGCCAACGAGCUGGUGCCGGACGGGGUGCGCAGCCUGACCAUCUCGUUCAUCGCCGUGUGGAACGCGGUGCUCACCUCGGCGACCAUCAAGCUCUUCCAGGUGGUGAGCUCCGCGCUGGGCACCUACGUGUGCUUCUGGUUCUUCGCGGGGUGCGCCGCCACGGCGCUCCUCUUCACGGCCUUCUUCAUCCCGGAGACGAAGGGCCGAUCGCUGGAGGAACUCAACACCGAGAUGAGGGCUCAGGCUGCAGCGGACCGUGCCAGACACGACGCCAAAGACAGAUCGUAGGAGAGCAAGUCUUUCCUCCGGAAUCGCUGCACCAGCCCAGUGACCGUCAAGGGUUGCUGAAAUGAUAGAGGACGCAGCUAUCGAAUAUAAUAAACAGUUUCCAUUCUUUGCUGAGAGUACUUUCUUUUGUGUUCUGUAUCAGAACCUCAGUGAACUUUCAAAAUGAUACUUCUGCUUUACGAUGGCUUCGCAGUAUUUGCUGCUCUUUAAAGCGCGAUUACACGAAGUGAACAAUGUAAUUGUACACCGUCUGUAGUCGAACAUGAACUGUGAUCUGGUAAACACUGUACUAGUAUCAGCUUAAUACUAAUUAACUGUAGAAGAAAACGGAAACAACCAUUACUGUAGAAGAACAAUGAGUUGAGCUGAAAGAGUGGAAAACGUGAUUUAUAAGCAACCCAGCAGAUUCCCAAUACUCAAUAUCUACUUUAGGUUCAUUCCAUACGACAGGCGCAUUUCCAACUGUCCAAGUCAUUUAAUAAGUAGUUUUGUGUUUAUUACUUGUGUUUUGUACCUGAAAGACCUUGUGUAUUUAUA